UUGUCCAUUUGUCUUUUUGACAAACCUAUGGAACUUCCAAGUAAUGCAAGUGCUUAAGAAUGUGUAUUUAAUUCUCUGCAUCUCUACUCCAACUUCUUCAAGUUUGAAAAGUUGCAAUCAGGGAGUACGUAUGAACUCAAAAAGCAGUAUCUCACUUUCUCAAUCCUCAAAAUCUCAAAUCUUCAAGCAACUUAGCAAAGAGCAGAGGACAACUUCGCAAAAAUAUUAGCAAGUAGGAGAGUAGCAACCUUCUGAUACAGUAGCAGGCUUCAUCUUCCUCGCGUUGUGGACUGCUCGCAGCACGUACUCCUCUGUCUCUGUCCAGAUCCAAGAAAAGGUGUGUUGCAAUGGGUGCUAUGUACUGAAUCCAGUAAGGUUUAUGGAUCAGAGUUACAGAAAAGUGAGCCUGUAAAACUCAUCCCGAUAAGUUAUAUCAGAACAGUGCGACAUAAAAUUAUAUCCUAGUUAUAAUUUUUAAUCCCCAUUUGGACAUCAAGCAUCUAACCCAAUCUGCUUCCAAGUGAGUUCAUAGUGGCACUACAUCCCUAGACCUCAAGCUAGGAGGAGGAGACACAGUAUGAAGACAAAGAAGCCAUUGUCAGCACUCAAACUCUCCGUCCCUACUCCGGAAACCAACAUUUCCAACUUCCUGACUGCCAGUGGGACAUUUCAUGAUGGAGACUUGCUGUUGAAUCAGAAAGGGCUGAGAUUGGUUUCCCUGGAGAAUGAAUCUCUGAUUGACCUUCAAUUCUCAUUGGAAGAUCUUGAGACAAUCAAAGUUAUAGGAAAAGGAAGUGGGGGUGUAGUUCAACUUGUCCGCCAUAAAUGGGUUGGCACUUUGUUUGCUUUGAAGGUUAUUCAAAUGAAUAUACAAGAGGAAAUACGUAAACAAAUCGUUCAAGAACUAAAAAUAAACAAAGCAUCACAAUGUCCACACGUGGUAGUCUGCUAUCAGUCUUUCUAUCACAAUGGAGCAAUUUCUCUAGUGUUUGAAUACAUGGAUCGCGGAUCACUAGCAGAUGUAAUAAGACAAGUCGAGACAAUUCUUGAACCAUAUCUUGCAGUUGUUUGCAAGCAGGUCUUGCAAGGUCUUGUCUACCUGCAUCAAGAGAGACAUGUGAUUCACCGAGACAUCAAACCAUCAAACCUGCUAGUGAACCACAAGGGAGAAGUGAAAAUUACAGAUUUUGGUGUGAGUGCAAUGCUCGCCAGCUCUAUGGGUCAAAGAGACACAUUUGUUGGAACGUACAAUUAUAUGGCGCCCGAAAGAAUUAGUGGAAACACCUAUGACUAUAAGAGUGACAUAUGGAGUUUGGGCAUGGUGAUUCUGGAGUGUGCUAUUGGACGAUUCCCUUACAUACAGUCUGAAGAUAAGCAGGAAUGGCCCAGCUUUUAUGAACUUUUGCAAUCAAUUGUUGGAAGUCCACCACCUUCUGCUCCGCCUGAUCAGUUUUCCCCAGAAUUCUGCUCAUUUGUCUCUGCUUGCAUACAGAAGGACCCAAGAGACAGAUCUUCAGCUUCCGACCUCCUGACUCACGGUUUCAUCAAGAAGUUUGAAGACAUGGACAUCGAUCUCAGCAUCUUGGUUGGUAGCCUCGAACCUCCUGCAAAUUUCACAUGCUGAUUGUGUUUGUGCAGUUGUUUUUAUUCAUAUAUAUAAUCCCCCCCCCCAACAUCGUAAUAACAGCUAGUCAUUAUCCUUGACCGUUGCAGUCAGUGACUGUGCUUUGUGUUGUAUUUUUCAUAAAUUAUGUUUCCUUGUUUUUUUUGAACUUAUUUUUUAAUGCAUAGAAGUUACAAAAACUAGGUCUGUCACAAGCAUCUUCUAACUUAUCUUUGAUUUGAUAUUUGAGGCGUGUUUAAGUUGUGUUU